UACAGGGGAAGGAGGUUGGGAGGAGGGGUUUGCAUGCGUGGUGGUGAGUUGGAGGUGAAGGCUGAUAGGUUGCGGCAGUGCCAGAUCUUCGAGUUGGGCGUGUGUUAAGAAAACUGGCCGCGAGUAGGAACGUACUGGGAUGUCGGAAGAUGAAGUCCCGGCGGGCGUGUGUACAUGUGCCUUUAUUGUGGGCCUUAACCGCGUUAGAGGGUGUUGAGGAGGUUGUUUAGACGAUUAAGUGUGUUACGGUCCCGCAAGGCAUAUUGGAGUACUAGGAAUCCUGAUCAUACACCUGCAAGGUUUGUAGGAAAUGAGUAUUGAAUUCAUUGAAUGAUGCCUGUUGUUGUUUCCUUUUUGCCGUUUUGCCCACCUGCGUCCCUUUUGACAUGCGUCCUGUCAACCUCCAUCUCGUCUCUUUCCUGGGGUUUGGCAGGUCCCAGGCAGGUCCCUAGCAUACCAUAGCUUUCGACGGGGCGGGAUGUAGGAUGAGUGCACAGUAGCUGACAUCACGAAGGGACCGAGAGAACUGCUCGGUGGGAAUGGUGAGGGCAUUGAAACCCUUUCUGGAUUUGUCCUGUUGCUCGUGCUGUGGUUGAGCAGCUUGAAGUAUCGUUGGGUGUCGCGGUUCCUCGGGCUGCCUUGUGGUUGGCAUUGCCUCCUUCGGGCGUGCAACAGUGCGUUUGGGAUGUUGUCGUUUUGGCUGCUUUGUCCGCUAUGGAGGAGGGUCGGCGGUUGUUACGGGCUCGUGUGCGUGAGUCUGGUUCUGCGGGUGUUGUGUCUGGGCUUGCUGAUGUGGUGGCCCUGUCUGCUGUUUCCUGGUUCUGGGGUCAGCUUCGGAGUUUUGCUUGUUUGGGUGUUCCCCGUCGGGGAUGGGCUGGGGUUGGCCCUUCUCAUCCUUUCUUACGUAAUGUUGGCGGGCGGCUUUCUGCGUGCCGUUGAGCGUCCUGUUUUGGCCCUGUCUUUGGGGUGGUGUGUUCGUGGCUUCUGGUUUGGGUUGUCUUUUGCCCUAAUGGUGGUUUGUCGAGGUUUGCUGAGGGGCCGUUUCUUGGCUUCUACCCUCUUGCUUGCCUCUUGUGGAUUCUUUUAGGGCUAUGUCUCCCAUCUUGUUGGCCCGUUGUGGUACUGUUUUUACGGUUUGUUCCGUUUCUUUUGCAAUGUAGGGUUGGGUUCAUCACCCGUGUUCCCUUUUAGGGCACCAUUGUAACGGUCAUUCAUUCAUUGAAACCCGUUGUUGGCCGCGCUACGCCUUUGGCAGGUGGGGUAGGUGGGUAGUCAGUAAAGAAGAGUUAGCGAAGAAGAUUUUGUGCUGUGCUUUUGUCAGCUCAGCGUGUAGCCGUUCCUUCGACCUAACCCAUUGUCAUACAUGGAUUACCGCUAUAGUGUUCACGCCGUAGGUGCUUAUGCUUUUGUACUGUCUUACUCAGUGACUUUGCGAAACAAACCUUGGUUCAGUGUGCCUCUGCAUGCUUGCAAGGAAAGGAGGAAGGUAGCAGGGCACACCGUUGUUGUGUAUGUGUGUGCGUUCAGGAAGGCAGCGUGAAAUGUGUAGCGAUCUGUCAGGAAUCUCAAAUUCAUGGGUACUGUUGCGUGCUUGGGUUCCUUGGCGUUGGGUAAGGGAGGGUCACCUGCAGACUGAAUGCAUGUGCAGCCGUGUUCCUACUGAACGUGUUGCUCGCGUUUGAAAAACUGUGGGGGAUUAGUUGCCGUGUCGGGUCGCCGGAAUGAAAGGAUCCUCAGGAGCCACCGGCGUGAUGGAGGUUGUCAUGUCACGCUCGGCCGAGGGGGACGAGGAGGUCAAACUUGAGGAACCUCCUAGCCUGUACAUUCCGUUCCCACCAGAAAGGGGGCUGGUGGAAAGAGGUUACUCCAUGUGGUUCCAGAAAAGUCCUGGACCCUGGUCAGUAAGCGAAAAGCGAACCCGCUUCCAGCAACGAACUCCCCGUAGUUUAGGCUUAUCUACUGUAUUGUAUGGGUUUGGUGUUCUUGAAGAAUUCGGGUCCCCAGCGGAUUGUACGUGUAUAACAGUACUCGUUGGAAGACAGCCGGACGACAUGUGCGAACAUCAGGAAAAUGAGCGCCAAGGUUGCAGUGAUUUGCUGUUAAUAAGUCGUCUUCCUCAGGCUCAUCCAUCGAUUCCAUACUUGUAGGCUGUGAACUAUUGCCUUUCCUUUUGCCAAUUAUCCACCUCAGAUGGUGGUGGCUGUUGUUGGUGCAUCGACAUAUCUUACGAUGAUGAUGAAUCUAUAAGGAGCUUCUUCUAUGUCGAAGCGGGUGCGGCAUGACUACUUCGCCGGCGGGCGCCAGGGACCAAAGCGGGCCAGGGCCGCCGGUAGCCAAGAAACGAGCAAUAUACUUGAUCAUGAGAGGGAGGAUGUCCUGCCGUCUGCUCAUACCAACCGGGGCGUGUCUCCUGCAGCGGCCCGCGCCAACCAAGACAUGGAUCCAACAUCCCACAACCCCAACAACAACAACCCACGGCCAGACGCUCUCCUUGCAACAGCUAGCCAUGCACACACAGGGAGUCAGGAUCCCUCACACGUCAGCGAUUCCUUGCUUUCGGGGCGUGGCCUAACCGCAGAUGGCACCGCAAAUGGUAGAGGUGGCCUUCAUGGCAGCGACGCCCAGGCCGCCCCUCACGCCAGCGGUGGCUCAGAAGACGGCCGCGAUCUGGGUCAGGGCGGCAACAGCUUCACAAGCAAAGACGCAAGCGACAGCAGCGAUGGCAGGACGGACAGAAGCAGUGGAGACACCGCUGCAGGCGACCCCGGCAGCGGCAGUGCUGAGGGUGCAACCGACCCCGUUGACCAAGGUGUCGACCAUGCAGGGGAUGCUACCAACCGCGAUCAGGGCGGGGAUCCUGCAACCAGCGGCGGCCGCGACGGUGACAGCGAUGGUGGGGGGAAGGGGAAUGAGAACCCCCAUGAUGAUGGCGAUGGCAGUGGCGGCGGCGAGGAGGCGGACGAAAGCGAGGGCGGCGGUGCCCCUGGUGGCUCGGGAAUGGUGAGGGAGCCGGGAGAAAGAGGAGGAGGGGGAGGGGCAGCACGCCCAAGCAAGCGGCGGCGUACUGAGGCGCACCCGGCUCGGCAGCCGCCGCCGCAGCAGCAGCAGCCCGCUUGCCAGUCAUCGCCGCAGCGGGAGGAGGAUGAGGAGGAGGAGCAAGGGCAGCAGGCGGGAGAGGAAGAACAAGAGCAGGGGG